GUUUCCCGCAAGACUGACCAGCACUGUUGAGCAGGAAUGGCUGCUGUUGUGGACAAAAUUCGAGAGAACCAUGGGCUCGAUCAUCUGGAGAUUAAUGUGGGAGUUCAUGGCACCCUUUACAAGUUGCAUCCACACUUCUCCACAAUCUUAAAGGAUACAGUCAGACAGCUUGCCCCUAACUGUAAGAUGGAUUUCAUCCUGUCAGAGAAUGGCAGUGGGAAAGGUGCAGCCUUGAUCACAGCUGUGGCAUGGCAGUGUAAAGACAAACAAGGACUUUACUAGACCUUCAGACUGCUUUUCUGAGAGUACUGCUGCUUUUGUUUAAAGAGGAUUUCUAAAAGUAAUCAAAGAUGAUCAAAUGUUGAUGUUUCACAUCUUUAUUAGGUCUUUUUCCAUAUUAAAAUAAGUUCCAUCAAGACCA